CUCUGGCUGGUUUUACUCAACUCCUGUCCUGAUAUCACUCCGCUGGCAUGGUGGAGAAGCUGACUUGAUUAUUGUGAUGGUGGCAGGCGUCAGCCAGUGACUACACACUUCCGCCACUGCUUCCCAUAUUCACAUUUUACGCCGUCUGGACUCUUGAUGCCUCACAACAGAACCAAGCGACACCCUUACCGGGAUUCCUUUCAAACCAGUAACCAUAUGACAUGCAAGUUGAGUUGGAAACUCCGGAACCCGUUAGGUGCAAGCUGCAAAACUUUUUCUCUAAGGACAAGACCGUAAAGCGGCGAGUGGACUGUUGCUGCUCAGCGGGACUGCUGGUGUGUGUUUGAACACCGGCUGCCCGUGUUCACACCGCCGCUUUCCAGUGGAGUUGUUGUGAGUGGCGGAGAGACGCUUCAUUGUCAAAGCCUCUCAUGUUGGAUCCUAUUUGUCUUCUCGGGAGCUGUUUGUUUUGAAACUGUGUGAAGGAGGGAAGAAGACGAGGUCACUCGCGAGCUCUCGGCCGUACGAGCGCAAGAUUCGCUGCCCUUUAAAGCCCCUAGUUGUCGCCCACUUGAGGGGCUGUUGCCGCUCUGACCUCCGCUGGCCGGCUCCUUGGCACCCAUCGCCGCGGAGCGCACAGAGGGGGGUAACAGUAGUGGAGGUGGAGGAAGGGGCAGCGGUGAAGACAGACUGGACGUUGGAGAAAAGUUCCUUCAAAAUAGCAGCCACCCGGCCCAGUGAUGGGGGACUUCGCCUCCCCCGCUGCCGGACCCAACGGCAGUAUCUGCAUCAACAACAGCAUGAACCCGGCCGCCGGGAACAUGGUGCCUGCCGGGGCUGUGGGCAUACCUAAACACAGCACGGUCGUGGAGAGGCUGAGGCAGCGGAUCGAGGGCUGCCGGAGACACCACGUCAACUGCGAGAACAGGUACCAGCAAGCCCACGCCGAGCAGCUGGAGAUCGAGCGCAGGGAGACGGUCAGCCUGUACCAACGGAGUCUGGAGCAAAGGGCCAAGAAGUCGGCCAGCGGGAGCGGCGGCAGUAAGCAGCCGCAGAUUAAACAGCCGGCCGACCCAGACUCGGCCGCUUCCACGGAACAGAGGAAUAACACGCUUAUAGCGCUCCAGGAGACGGUGAAAAGGAAACUGGACAGCGCAAGAUCGCCCCUCAAUGGAGACCAGAAUGGCAUCUGCGAUGGUGGCAGCUACUCUCCGACUAGCAAGCGAUUACGAAAGGAGGCCUCUGGUGGCUUAGACUCACUAACAGGUUUUCCGAACAAUAAUAACAACAACCUUCCACCAAUUUCUCCACUGCACCACCAAUUAGAUAUCAAGCCCUUACUUAGCAGUCCCAACACUUCCACUGGAAACAGCACAAACAGCAACGGUAAUCAUGUCGGGCGGCCAGCAGAUGAGCUGGGGAAGAACGGUGGCAGUCAUCUUUCAGACAUGAAGAUGAAUGGCUCACUUGACUUGGAGGACAGCUUCAGCCUCCUCAAAGACCUGAAACAGGAACCGCUGGAUGACGGAGGUGGAAUAGAGUCUUCGGAUCCCCAAUCACUGUCUAAUCAGAACAAGCUAUUCUCUGACAUUAACCUCAAUGAUCAAGAGUGGCAGGAGCUGAUCGAUGAGUUGGCCAACACAGUUCCGGAGGAUGACAUGCACGACCUCUUCAAUGAAGACUUUGAAGACAAAAAAGAGGGCGAUUUUAGUCGACCGGCAAACAAUCAGACUCCAGGCCCACAGGAAACGGGUGCGAAUACGACAGCACCUGUAGGGGGCGCCGUGCCACCGACAUCCCUUCCUCCCCCUGCUCAGCCUCCGCAGGGUGGUCCACAGGUGCCUAUGGGCUCACCACAGGUUCGACCAUCAUCAUCAGGCCCGCAGUUUGCGACGACUGCCAACGGAACACCUCCUCAGCAACCUUUGCAGCAGUCGCCUGCCGUUGCGAUGGCGUCAGGGUCCCCGUUACAUAACUGCGUGGCUCGCUCUCCUCAGACCCCGACCCAGGCUCAGACGCAAGCGGUUUCACGGCCUGGCAAUGGCUACAUGAUGAACCCUGGCCCAGGUGUUAGUCAAACAAGCACUGGACAAACAGGACCUGGGGUCGCUCCAGGUCAGCCAGUAGGACCAGUAACACCUGAACUUUCCCAUGCAGAGCAACUAAAAGCAAUGGCUGCCCAGCAGCGUGCUAAAUUGUUGCAACAGAAGCAACAGCAGCAACAAGCAGCAAACUGGUCACCAGCAGGUCCACCAACCAGUCCCUACAAUGCUGGACCCUUUAACCAAGAUAAACCCAAUAGCCCCAUGAUGUAUCCACCGCAAGCCUUUAACACAGCGCAGGCCCCUCUAGUGGCUGGAAUGGCCCCCAACAACGGGCCCAAAGCUCCUAUGAACAACUACCUCCCUCACAAUCACAUGAGCUUGAUGGGCCAGCAACAGCAGAACAGUAUCGCCCAGAACACCCUGACCAAACAACAACAGCAGCAACAGCAGCAGCAGCAAACAGCUGCCAUUUUGUCAUAUAACAACACCAAGCCACUGAGUCACUUCAGCGGCAGUGGGGUUGAUCACAGGAUGACCCCACCCAUGGGAGGCAGCAGCCAGGUCAAGAACCCUAUGAUGCCUCCUUACAUGGCCGGUGGAGGCCAAGGCGCCGGGCCAGGACAAACCCAAGGGCCUAUUCCGGGCCAAACAGCCCAUCUGAGUGAGGAGCAGAAGAGAAUGUUGUUGAUGAAGCAGAAAGUGUUGAACCAGAACAUCCCCUACAACAACAUGCAGCCUCAUGGACAGGAGCAAGGUGUAGUGGGUAUGUCCCGACCUCCUGGCGCCAUCCCACCUCCACACCCUGCCGGCGGCGUGGCCUCAGGAGUGGGCCCUAACCAGGGGUCAGGUCCACCUCCAGGCUAUGCGGGAAACCAGCAGCAGGCAGCCAUGAUGAAACAGAUGAUGGCGAUGGAGCAGGAGAAGAGGGUACAGAUGCACAUGAUGGAGCAGCAGAAACAGCAGCUCUUCAGAGAGCAGAGGCAGCAGCAGCAUCAGCAACUCCUGGCCGAACAGCUCCAACAGCAGCAUCUCCCAAGACAGAUGGGCCAAGGCCAGAGGAAUCCCUUCCCUCAAGUCAGUCAGUAUCAAGGUCCUCCUCAAGAUCUGGCAUCUAGGAGCCAAGCUCUCCAGAGUAUUCGGGCUGCACGGCUUCUCCAACAGCAGCAGCAGAACCAGCAGCAGAUGGUCCAGAUGAGCUCUGUCCAGGGCCAGGGGAGCUCCGUAGGACCCCAAGCUGACAUGGGCCUACCCUACAGCACCCAAGGGUCUAACCAAGGUUCCCUCUACGGGCUCAACACUUCCAUGAGCCAAAUGAUCCACCAGCAACAGCACCAGGGCCAAAGUGUGCAAGCUUCCCUCGGUCUUCCGCAGCAGCACAACCCAGUUGGAGGGCAAAACCGGCAGGCGGGCGCAGGUCCUGGAGUUGGAGGUAUGCCCGGAGCAGGUGGCACCGGAGGCUAUGGAGGACAAGGGAUGUUGAUGAAUCCCAUGGCCCAGCAACCCCUCAAAGGCCCAACUAAUGCCAAAGCCCAAGCACAAAGACUACAAAGUAUGCUGGGAGCAGGCGGUGGUGGCAGCCACAUGGCCGGGGGAGGCUGGCCACAGCAACAAGGACAAAGUCUACAAGGCAUGGGAAGGACUACAGGAGCAGUAGGGGAUAGGGUCGGGUUUGGCUCCGCCCAGGGCUACGGAAUGCAGCCAGGUCAACCCCCACGAGUGGCCAAGCAACAUUUUCAGGGGCCGGGCCAAGGGAUGGCCCAGGGGAUGGACCCCAGGGUGGGCAACCCGGCAGCGGGUAUGGGUGGCCCAAUGGGUGCUCACAUGGGCGGUCAGCCAAGGACCAACCAGUCCCGGCCCAUGGUCAUGAGCCAGGGAUUAAACCAAGGAGUUUUGGGUCCAGGGGUGGCUGGAAUGGGGGCGUUUGGGCCAGGCCCCGGAGGUCCGGGCCUAGGGGCUGGUGGGGGGUCUGGACCCUACGGACCUGGGGGUGUUGGUAGUCAGACGCCGGGCUACCAAAGGACAGCCAAUCAAGACAUGUCAUCCUAUGGAUAUGGGGGCGGGCCCUCCAGUGGAGGAGCCUUUGGAUUGGGGGAUGGAUCAGGAGCAGAGCUGGACUCGAGUGAUGGUUGGAUGGAGGAGUUUUUCCCCAGCCAAUAGCCUAAAAGAAAACUGGAGACGAGUUUUGACUGGAUCAACUAAACAUUUCAAGAUGCAAAUGUUGUCCAAUGUUAACUGUUGUCUGUGUAGAAUCUCAGUCACACCGCAGGAGUGCAAUUGUGGCAACUUUGAUCCUUCUUGGCUGUCAAAUAUUUGUUUUCCCAAAGGGAUUCUUCUGUUAGGAACCUUAGGUGCAGAGCUUCCUACAUUUGUCUCUUUGAGGUUAUCACAUACACAGGGUUGGAAUCGAAUGUGGCAAGCUUUGGGUGAGAGAUCUUAUAACCUCCUCGUCUCUUUGAACGGACCUUUCUGAUUGGACCUAAAGCAUAUGGCUUUUUUCAAUAUUUUGACACAAGGGUCCUUCACUUUGGACAGCAGACUCUGGACCCAGAAAGGAUGCCCUUCUAAGUUGGGCCAUGCCUUUGUGUAGCUAGCACCGCAUAAGCAUUUCACAAGAGCAACAAAUAUGGCAACUCUGCACCUAAGAUCUAGAAGUAAAGAAGCCUUUUGAAUUCAAGGUGAAAACAACCAGAUGCCAAUUCAGAGUUCCUGUGUUGGGCGUGUGUAUGUGCACUGAGAAAUCAUUUUGUCUUGUGCAAGAGCGUUUUGAGCCGUAGCUUCAGCACAUCAGAUUGAUGGAAGGGAAGAAAAAGUUGCCCUCAAGACAGCAGUUUAUUUGUGUUUGUGCCACCCAGCUCAGUGCUUCACAUCUCUCUACUGUGUGAGGAGCUGAGAGGGAGUCCAAAGUACUCCCAAUCCUGCCAUUUCCUGUCUUCAAAAUGUGCCCCCCAUACACACUCCAACACGCACCAAUAAUUCUCCCUUCAUCUCACGCUCACUCUUUCCAUUUGAUCUAUUUGUUGCCCCCCCACACAUCUUUCCCACCCUUUCUCCAGAGAAUCAUUCCUCGCUCUCAACACUCCUUUCGCUGUUGAAAUUGUGAACAUCACAACAGAACAAAUGAUGUUCAUCUCUUUCGCCGCACAAGUGAGAGUCCCUGCCCUCGCCUGUUUUUUUGUUUUUUGUUUUUUUUGCUAGGCAACUGGCUUGUUUUUUCUUUGGAGGGAAGGGGGAGGUCCUGUUUCUGUGCAUGUCUGGGGAUGACAAGCAUCCAUGUACAGUAGAAGAACACAAAGAGAACGAAGGAGCUAACAGGCAGCUAAGGCUAGCACAUGCACAUUCAGUUGUUUAAAUUGACGACACAUGAGUAAUCUGCGAGGACGCGUGAUAGGUUGCCGACAUGAAGCGCUCUACCUGCGUGGCACAAAGCACAUCGCAUGCGUCGGACACAGUGAAGGCGAAAUGAUCACUGGGCACUGAAUGUAUCCAAGCACCACAAGUGACUUCUUUUAUUUAAAAAAAAAAAGACGGAAAGUGAAAAUUGCUCUCAUCAAGCCCCCCCCCUUUGUCCUCGCACCACAGCCUUUUCUUCCAUCGCGUCACAUCCGUUUGCUACCUUGCGGCUUUCCUUCACUACUGCGCGCUGCAAUGAAACAAAUGCGCUCCGACUUAAUGGUGUCAUACUAUAAACCUACUGUGAAGAAUUAUGUCGUCCCCUCUCUGGUGCUUUACUAGAAAAAUAAACCACUGCUAAACCUUUGGGAUUCAUUCAUUAGAUUCCGUGAUUGCUUGUUCUGCCAUCUCGUAGAGCGUCGUACAGUUUAUGAGCUUCCCAGGUGAGAAGCCUGAAAUUUCCAUCGCUUUUAGGGUUUGAAAAUCAACAACAACAUGUGGAAAAAUGUCAAUGCUUUUAGGGAUCUUACCUCCUCCUUCCAUAAUUGUAUCAUUCUGUGGCUGUGCGUUAUUGUGUCGUCAGCUCAUCGGUGUGAAUGUUUGGAGGAUGACGCCGUAGUUAACAAACCAAAAAGCCUUCUUCCCUGUAAAGGAACUCCAUGCCCAUUACUGCUUUUGUUUUCAUGGUUGUUGGUAUUGUGUGAUCUGACCCUUUAAAUAAACACCCUAGAAGAGCUGGUGACUUUUUUUUAAUACCUGCAAAUGAGGUUGUGUUUUAUUUUUGUCAUUGUUUGGGGAGUUGAAGUUCUCCAUUUGUCUAUACCGAGUUUGACAAUUGCUUUAUUUUGUAGCAAUUUUAUGAGGACAUUAAAACAAAGCCUUUACUUGAGCCUUUCUUGUGAAAAGUAGUCAAACUUCAGUGUUGGUGUCCAAAACUUUGCAAAGAACUCCAAGUAGGCUUCAAUGACAAAUAAACCAACACUGUCAGAGCACUAAAGUAGGUUGGCCUUUGUGAGGUGGUGAAGCGCUCCUGCGUCACGCUUAGGGUUAGUCUUGUCUUCUUUAAAGUGAAGGUUCAUCCUGACUUUGUUUAUUCGCUUCAGCAAAACAAACUUCCUGCAAUUAUCAUUGUGUUCUGGGACCAAGUCUGUAGACAACGUUUUGACAAAACAAAAGAAAAAAACUAUUGUUAAUGUUUAGUUUUGUGUUAUUUUGUUAUUUUGUUUGUUUGUUUGUUUGUUUGUUUGUUUGUUUGUUUGUUUGUUUGUUUGUUUGUUUGUUUGUUUGUUUGUUUGUUUGUUUGUUUGUUUGUUUGUUUGUUUGUUUGUUUGUUUGUUUGUUUGUUUGUUUGUUUGUUUUUUUACUGGUGCUGACAUACAGUAUGUGAUUAUAAGAAAAAAAUCUAUAUAUAUAUAUAUAUAUAUAUAUAUAUAAGGUAAUGGCUAUUUGUAAAUAUGUUUUUACAGGUUUAAUUACAUCAGAUAACAGAACAGUCUCUACUCUGUAAAGAAUUACUGUUUGUUGGCCAAUAUAGAGAAGUAUUUUUAAUUUAGACUUUUUUUGUUUCAUAAUUAACCCAUCUGAGCUAUGCCAUUGCACUUCAGACAAUGUCUUACUACUAAUUUCUAUUGUAAACCUCCUUUUUUUUGUUGUUUAUUUAGUUUGAGAGUUGACUGUUCUUAAGCAGUGCUUACUUCUUUUUACUCUGUACAGAACUCUGAAACUGUAACAAAACAGAAUUACAAAAACUUUUUUGUUUUUAAAAUAUAAUAAAGAGAAUGUUCUCGCUGAUCAUAA